AGAAACUAAUUUAAUCUAUAAUAAAAUUGUUGUCAGUCCAAACGUUAACUUAAAUGAAAACGGUUGACUAUUUAAGUUUACCAAAAAUAAUAAUAAUAUUUGUAUUGUUUGAAACUAUCAAAAAUGGCUGAAAUUCGUGAAAUUUCACCUGAAUUAGCGGAAAAGGCUCGAACUGAGCUAAACGAAGUGGAAAAGCGCAUUCCUGAAGACAUUGCCGCACUUCGUGAAUGGAUUUUCAAGCAACCACAUUUGAACGCCCGAACAAACGAUCAAUUUUUGGUGGCAUUUCUUCGUGGUUGUAAAUAUAGUUUGCAAAAAGCAAAACAAAAAAUUGACUACUUCCAUGCCUUCAAAAGUAUUUCCCCCAAAGAAUUCACUAACAUUCAAAUCUCAGAUAAAACUAUGAAACUGACCAAACUUGGACCAUUACUUCCCUUGCCAAAUCCCAUGAAACCCGAUGGACCCAGAAUCAUACUGACUCGUUAUGAAGGCAUCGAUCUGGAUGAGUUCUCGUAUCUUGAUUUAUUUAAAAAUCAAAUACGUAUUUUUGAUAUUGCUAUGCACGAAGAUGACAAUUGUGUUAUUGGAGGAUUUAUUAAUGUUGUUGAUAUGGCUAACGUGAAAUUAAGUUUCUUUUUGAAAUUUGAUCCGGUGCUGGGGAAAAAAUUUGGAGUUUUUACGGAAAAAGCUGUGCCGUUUCGAGUUGGUAGUGUUCAUAUUAUAAAUUUUCCAUCGGAAGCUAUGACCAUUUUGAAAAUGAUUCAGCAAUUGAUGCCAAAGAAAAUAAAGGAGAGGAUGAUGGUUCAUCCCACAAUGGAAAGUCUUUAUGAAUACGUUCCCAAGGAAUAUCUUCCCGAAGAAUAUGGAGGAAACAAUGGACGUAUAGGUGAUUCCAUUGAAACCUGGGAGAAACUAAUGAUCAAGUAUAAAAAUUACUUCGAAGAAGACGAUCAAUAUAAAACGAAUGAGGAAUUGCGUAUUGGUACGAAAGUUAAUUCGGAAUCUCUGUUUGGAUUGGAAGGGUCUUUCAGAAAAUUAGAAGUUGACUGAGUUUUAUCUCAAAGUGAUUUCCUAUUUGAAUACUUCUUAAAAUGUUCGCAUAACUAACACAACCAAAAAUUAACGUAGAUAAAGAUUGUUUGCUGUAUAUUUUGGGAAACUCAAAAAAACAACUGAUGUUAUUAAUGCCUUAAAGUUAUAAGUUAUAACCAUUUCCCGGGAUAAAAAUAAUUGAUAUUAUAUAAGUGGACAGGUCUAGUGUAUUCCCAUUUUAUGUAAGUGAAAGCAAACUUUUCAUCACAAUCCAAAGACAAGUGCAUACCUAUUUUUAUACGUUUAUAAUGUUGAAAUAAUUUUGAUGAAAAAUUUCUUAUUUUUCAGACAACAUUUACUAAUGUAUUAAUUAAGUUGAGCACUCAUACCCUACUAAUUAAAAAAAACUUAACAUACUUCCUUUGCUUCAAAUAAAAAUGAACCCUAUUUUUUUCUUCGAUAUCCUAAUUAAAAUUGGCUUAUAAAUUACACUGGUCGUUAAAGUUUAUUUUUCUGGUAAUUAUCGCACUUUUCUAAUGGAUUUUGAUGGCAAAUAAUUCCGAAUUCAAAAUUGAUGAUUAACAUCAGGUUUUUGAGAUAUUACUUUUUAAAAUUGGAAUAACACGUACAUAUGUAAGUAAACUUAUAACCCCUUUCUUCAAUAUUAAAGUCAAAAAUCCGAGAGAACAAUUAAACCAUUCAAUGGAAAAAGGCCAAAACGUUUUGAAAGCAACUUUUGUUUUUGUGACGAAUUUAUUGUCUACACAAUUCUAUUAUAUUAAGUUUUUUAAAUAUAUCAAAAAACGGGUAUGUAUUUUUAAAACUUGCGCAUAUCUUUCAAAUAAAAGUUUGGAUUCGAUAUGAUCAACAUUUAAAAUAAAGUCCAUAACAUAUUUUUCAUAACUAUGAAACGAUCACUACAAGGUUUUCGUAAAACUUUAUAUAGAGAUAGACUGAAACAAAGGCUUAUUACUAAUGAGAAUUUCCAACUAAGUAAGAUAAAAUUAUUUCAGUUUACUAUUAAGUCAUUUUUUUGUUUAAACUUUGCCUUAAAACGUUUUUGGUUGCUUUAAGCUUUUUUAAAGGAAAACAUUUUUGAAACCUGAUGUGAUUUAAACUUUAAGGUGAGAUUCGAAUCUUAAUCAUUCAAACGAGUAUUGUUUUAUUUAUUGUUUUUUUAAGCAAACAAAGUCAAAAACACCAUCUUAA